GCAGCCCCUCCGCACUGCGCGGCCCCUCCGCGGUCCCUCCACACUCCUGGGUCCCUGGGUCCCCUGCGCUCUGCAGUCUCUCCGCACUCUGCAGUCUCUCCGAACUCCGCGGUCUCUCCGAACUCCGCGGUCUCUCCGAACUCUGCGGUCCCUCCGCACUGCGCGGUCCCUCCGGGGCCGCGGCGCCGAGCAGCGCGCAGAGAGGCUCUGCAUUGACGUCACAAUGACACGGUGAAGCUGAAGGCAGGAGCUGGGAGCAGUUCUUCUGCUUCACUUUUGGUGACUGAGAGAGUUUGCCAGCACUGUGUUCCUUCCAGCAUGGCCAAGAGUGCAGAGGUGAAGUUGGCGAUCUUCGGUCGAGCUGGCGUGGGCAAGUCAGCUCUCGUGGUGCGCUUCCUGACCAAGAGGUUCAUCUGGGAGUACGACCCAACGCUAGAGUCGACAUACCGUCACCAAGCUACCAUUGAUGAUGAAGUGGUUUCCAUGGAGAUACUAGACACAGCUGGCCAGGAGGAUGCCAUUCAGAAGGAAGGACACGUGCGAUGGGGCGAGGGCUUCGUGCUGGUUUACGACAUCACGGACAGAGGCAGCUUCGAGGAAAUGCUGCCGCUUAAGAACUUGCUGGAUGAGGUUAAAAAGCCCAAAAACGUCACCCUGAUCCUGGUGGGGAACAAAGCAGACUUGGAUCACUCCAGGCAAGUCAGCACGGAGGAAGGUGAAAAGCUGGCCACGGAACUUGCUUGUGCUUUUUACGAGUGCUCUGCUUGCACAGGAGAGGGGAACAUCAUGGAGGCCUUCUACGAGCUCUGCCGGGAGGUGCGGCGCCGCAAGAUGGUCCAGGGCAAGACUCGGAGGAGAAGCUCCACCACCCACGUCAAGCAGGCCAUUAAUAAGAUGCUCACCAAAAUCAGCAGCUAAAAAGGAGCUGUCCUGAGGCAGAGGAGCAUUUUAGAGGGUAUUAGCUUGGAGUAGGGAUGGGGCAAGCAGAGCGCGUUUAGCGAGAAAUGGUCAAAUCUUUGCAAUGAGGGAAAAAAAAAGCACCAAAAAGACAAAUGCCACCACUUUUUUGAGUAACACAUACUAUUUUCUUGUUUUGAAAUGUAUUUAGCCACGCUGCUUCUGACUAAUGUGGGGGAAAAAAAAACACCAAGGAAAAAAAAAAAACAACAAACACCAAAUGAACUCCAAAGGACCAGACAAUUGUGGGGAUUGGCAACCAAGAGAGAAUCUUCUGCUUCUACGUGGCUAGCUCCAAUCCCCUGCAAGUCAGUAGUGCCUAAACAUCAUUUCCAGCCAGCCAGCUGCCCAGUAGCCAUUGGAAAGUAAGAUUCAGCCCUCAGUCCAUCAAUAACCAUCACAACUGCUGUUCUCCAGGACUGAAUAUGUGUAGAGGCUGCUGUGCUGAAUCAGAAAGUUCACCUGAUACCUUCACCAGCUCUAAGUUGUUGGCUCAUUGUAUGCUUUCACUCCUUCCUUGUUAUUUUUGUCAAAUCCAUGAGUGUUGAUGUUCUCAGCAAGGUAUGCAAAAAAUAUGGGAAAGGUCUAUUUCCUGGUGUGUUUAGUCAGCUAGACACACAUUUCAAGAGAGCUGGAGUUCCAGCUGCUCUGAAAGUGCAGAAUUCUCCAGAAAUAAUCAGCUAGUCCAGCAGCAUUUCAUCAUUUCUCCCUCAAAGUGCAGUACUGUGCUUGGGGAAGUGGGAGAAGAUGUGUUGGGAAAUCAAACUGAAAAACAGCAAAAAAAAAGA